GUUUCAUGUCACGUGACAGGGAACUGGCGACUCGAAUCAAAUCAACGGCUGUCGCUUAUGCUAAAAGUUUGUUGACUUCUCCCCUUUUUUGUCACCUCCUCUCUCUAAACUGAGUGACUCGCCCCCAGCAUGGACAACAGCGGCAAAGAGAAGGAAGCCACGGCUUUGAUUGCCGAAGCUGAAAAGAAGUUGAGGUCAUCACAGACUUUUUUGGGGGCACUUUUCGGGGGUUCCUCCAAGCAGGAAGAGGCCUGUGACAUGUACGUGAGGGCCGCCAACAUGUUCAAGAUGGCAAAGAACUGGUGUGCGGCGGGGAAUGCCUUCUCCCAGGCGGCUCGCCUCCACCUGCAGAUGCAGAGCAAACACGACGCGGCCACCAACUUCAUAGAUGCCGGAAACGCCUUCAAAAAAGCCGACCCGCAAGAGGCCAUAAACUGUCUAAACCGAGCUAUUGAGAUAUACACAGAUAUGGGCCGCUUCACUAUUGCGGCCAAACAUCACAUAGGCAUCGCUGAGAUCUAUGAGACAGAGAUGGUGGACAUCGAUAAGGCCAUCGCUCAUUAUGAACAAGCCGCAGAUUAUUACAAAGGUGAAGAAUCCACCAGUUCGGCCAACAAGUGCCUUUUAAAGGUCGCCACUUACGCUGCCCAGCUGGAACAAUACCACAAAGCCAUUGAAAUCUACGAGCAGGUGGGCACUCACGCCAUGGACAGCACGCUGCUCAAAUACAGCGCCACGAAUCACUUCUUCAAAGCGGCGCUCUGUCAUUUCUGCGUGGACAUGCUCAAUGCCAAACUGGCUGUGCAGAAGUAUGAAGAAAUGUUCCCGGCCUUUUCGGACUCUCGAGAGUGCAAGCUGUUGAAGAAACUCCUCGAGGCUUGUGAAGAACAGAACGUGGACGCCUACACCGAUUCGGUUAAGGAGUUUGACACCAUCUCGCGGCUUGACCAGUGGCUCACCACCAUGCUCCUGCGCAUCAAGAAGACCAUACAGGAGGACGAGUACGACCUGUGCUGACUUGACCUCCGCCCUCACCACUGCGCCUUGUGUUUUUGCCUCAACUCUCUCUUUCUCUCUCCCAUCAUCUUUGCUUACCUUUAAAUCCUUAUAUCCACCUUUCAUAACAUCCAUGGGAUCUGAUCUCUAUGAACACUAUUCUCCUGAGUGCACUAAUGGUUAUUAUUUAUGUUGUCAGAUUGCCAGCACAUGACGAGAAAUUGAGCCAUUCUACGAAGAGUGAAAAAAAUGCAUGUAACUGAUGCACAAAUAAUGCUUUAAAUUCCCUUUAAUGGUUUAAACUAUAAAUAUAUGCACAAACUAUGAGCCCAAAAAUUCUUAUCGACACUUUAAACUGAUCCUAUAACUCUACCCUUAAAAGUAAUGUCUUAUAAAUGAAUUGCACAUGAACAUGCAUAUGCGAUAAAGACUUUCUGCUUUUACCUGGACUAAACUUGGCUCCUCCCUGACAUCCAGUGUUGGUCUCUUCGUUGAGAUGUAUCGUUUCAUAAAUUUUUCUUAGAGCAACUGUGUUCCAAGUCUGGUGAAAAAGUAACUACGCAUUAAAAUUUUAUUUUAAAAAAUCUACAUUACUAUCUGAAUGUUAGCAAAACCAAUCAUCCAUAUUUUAAAAUACAUGGGAAAAUUAACUGUUUGUAUUUCAACGUUGGGUACCUGUGGUAUCAACAACACCAAACCAAAGUGUCUGGAAAAUCACAAAUAAGUCAAUAAAUCCCCAUAAUCUGAGGGGUUUUU